AUGCUGAUCCGCAUGGACGGCCCAUCCACAUAUGACAAAUGUUAUAAAAAACUGUGUGAGUAUGUGACUAGUACUGCCAUUUAUAGAAGUCUUCUAGUAACAGCUGCAGCUUCAGCAAACAAUUGUAGUGCAAUUGAUGGUACAUCUAGUCUAACAGAACUCAUCCAGGAAGGUGCGGGUUUCAAAGAUGAUUUCAAGAGCAAUGCAGGUUUAUCAAAGUCUGCAUACAGUAUAUUACCAUGUGUGUACACCAGUACUUCAACACAAACUCAGACUGCUUUGGCAACUGCGUCUCUUGGAACUUCUGAUAACAGUAAUGUAUCACCUAAUGAUUCUCAGGCGAUUCGCACAGUGUCAAAUGGUGCAUCACUAUACUCUGUAAUGUAUGCAGGAAAUGGUAAUAAGAUAACAAUUAAAAGAAAAGCUAAUGACAUUGAAGCAGAUGUUGACGGCAACCCUUGUACUGCUGAUGGAACAUUACCAAUGGUGAACUCAGGGAGCUUUAAGAAACCAUCACAGAGAGUGCCAUUAUUUAAGUCAACUGGCAGCAGUAAUUGCAGUAGUGGUGGCAAAACAAAUACAGGUACUGGGAACAAACGCAAAGGCUGUCGAUGUGGCAACGCCACUCCCACCCCUGGGAAACUGACUUGCUGCGGUCAGCGCUGUCCUUGCUAUGUGGAGAGCAAAGCCUGUGUUGAGUGCCGAUGCAGAGGUUGUCGGAAUCCCCAUCGUCCAGGAGGGCAUAAGGUGCGUCCACUAAUACCAGAGUUGCAAAAUCUUCAACUCCAAUUAGCAUCAGCAGGAUCCAGUUCGGAUGCUCCCCUGACCAGGUUGGAACCUCAACAAACCUUAAACUCCUUAGCAAACAGCACUGUGCAGGUGUUGGGUGUUUAUACUCAAUUAGGUAGUGUAACCUCAAGCCUCCCCACUGCUCUUCUGAUGGGAGAUGAACAUAUGCCUUCAACAGAAAGUUCUGAUGACACAAGUGAUGUCGAAAUAGAUAUAUGACAGUUUCAAGAGGUGAAUGCCUUUGAACAAAUAUACAAUGACUGGUAAACAAUAUAUUCUAUAGUAUUUAUUCAAUUUGAUAUGCAAGACAGUUAGGAUAGCAUCCUACAUAUUGCAGUGCAUUUUUGAAUACAGUUUAUGAAAUUUUUAAAUGUACAUUUUGUUUAGAAAUAUGACAUACUGGGGUGCUCAGUAGAAGUGUUUGCCACACCAUAUAUUUUGUUAACACUUCGUUUGGCAAAAUCUGAUGGAUUUGACAAGAAUUCUUUGUGUAAAGGGGAAUGUUCCUACCAACAAAAUGUUUCACUGAUACCUGCUGAAAUGAACAUUACAUGCACUCUUGUUCAACAUUUUUAUUUUUGUUGAUCUUGAAACAGAUAAGAUAAAAACAAAAAUUAACAAAAUUACACACUUUUUGUGAAGGUUUGUUACAUGUAUUUCACUACAUAUUAAUUGCAUUGUGAUUAAUCUGCAUUUCCGAAUAUUUUUGCAUUAAAAUAUUCUUAAUUUUAGUAGGAAUAUCUUACAUAAUUCUGAUCUUGGUAUCAGAAAUAAAUGAAGUGAAUUGACAUGUAUCAUAAAUUCUAGGCAAAAUUGUGAUAGGAAUGCUGGAUGAAAAGAGAUUACCAAUUUUAGUAAAAUAUCUAUCUCUUUAUGUAUUAUCUUGACUUUUCUGCCAUUUCUGGGAGAGAUCUCAGAAGAAUUUUGUACUGAAAUUGUUUUAUUGUAAUUUAUAUUUUGUAAAAAGAAACUUACAAAUGGGAUUCAAUGUUAAAAUAUUAUAUAGUCAUUAUGUAUGAUAUUUCAGUGGGUGAUAUAAAUUAUUAAAUCUGAUGUAAGUUGUCUACUACUUAUUUUGAUGCUUUUAUUUUUGCCCUGAAAUUCAAUUUCCUUGUUAGCUUUUAAAACAAUAUUAUUAAAGCCCAUUCAAUGAAUUAAAAAGUUGUCAUUUUGCUAUUUAUGGCAUGUAUAUUGAAAUUCUAAGAUGUAUUUUCAUAUUCUUGUCUUUAAUUGAUGUGCUCCAGGUAGAGAAAUGUGUAUUUUUAUUCCUGUAGAAAUUGUUAGGGGACCACAAUAUGUAGCUGUUUGAUUGUGAGUGUAUAACAUCAUUAAACGAUGCACUGGAAAUGCAAUGCAAAAAUAAUUUUAGAAUUGUAGCGUUUUAGAAAUUAUAAUUUUAUGUGAGAAACUGUGGGUAUGUGCAUAAAACUUGUGUAUAUACAUCAGUUCUGAAGUGAUAGUUAAAAUAUAUAAACAAUGCAUUUCUGCUUUAUGAUUUUAAUUAUACCUUUCUGCUCCAAUUAUCACAUUAUAUGAAAGGCUUUAAUUUUAAAUUAAUCUAUUUCAAACCUUUUUCUCUUCAAGAGUUAUCUCCAUUAUACUUACCCCAAAGUAUAUUAUUAAUGUGGAGAGUAUAUUAUUGUUGUAUUUAUCUCUUGAUUUUGUUAUUGACAUGAUGCAAUCAAUUAAAGCUUUUUACGAAUCACUUGGAUUGCACAAGUUCAAAAUGCAGACUAUCCAAAAUACUGCGCUAUUUAUUUGUGGAGAAGAUUUAUACAUUUUUACAGAUUCUCUUGAAUGUUAUUAUAAGGGCUCAGACUUGAGGGUGCUAAAAACCAGAAAAUAUUUAUUUUUUAUGUGCUUAAAAAGUGAAAAAUAUGUGUUAAAAGAAUGAAAAUAUUUG